AUGGCUAAAGCGAAGAAGUCCACCAAAAAAUUCCAGGCGAAGAACCUGAAGAGCACAAUUGAGCAACGGAAGAAGGUACAAAAGUACAACAAACUUCACAAAAAGAAGGGCUCCUCUGGUUCUGCUCCUCAACCUGAGGACAAAAGAGAUAAAGAAAUUUUUGAGGAUAUGGAUGUCGAAGAGUUUUUCGAUGCCGACAUAGAUGUCCCUAAAAAAGCAGCUUCAAAGAGCCAAAAGGAUGAAGAUAGCGAAGAUGAUAGCAGUUCUAGCGGCAGCGAAGCAGAGCUCGACGCGCAAGAUCUAAAGGACUUGGAAAAAGACGAUCCAGAGUUUUAUAAGUACUUGCAGGAAAAUGACAAGGAUCUGUUAGAUUUCAAGCCUGUCAAUCCACUCGAAGCAAUGAGCGAUGAUGAGGAUGAUGAAGAUGUGGUAGAAGAGGAAAGAGCGGAGGAAGAAGAGACCAGAGAGGGAGACGCCAUUGAAGUGACACUAGAUAUGAUUAAACAGUGGGAGGCCAAUUUAAGGUCUGACCAGCCUACCAUCAAAACCUUGAAAACAGUCGUCAUUGCUUUUAAGGCUGCAGUCCACACAGGAUCCUCAGGAACUUACAAAUAUAGCGUUACAGACGAAAAAGCUUUUCACAAGUUGAUGUUCCUCGCAUUGCAACAACUAGCUUUAAGUGUUCAGAAAUUGGUGCCCUACAAAAUUUCGUCUCACGGUACAAGAAAUUUACCUUCGAACAAGAAAGUCGCCCAAAUCAGCACCCUUCUCAAGUCGCAUGCAGGAUCGUUGAUUUUGCUCCUCAACGAUAUCACCAACACCGAGACAGCCACGUUGGUGCUGAAGUCCGUUCAAGAACUGCUUCCAUACUAUGUUUCUCACAGAAAGCUCAUCAAAGAGAUGAUGAACGCCGUGGUGAACGUUUGGAGCUCUUCUCAAGACGUGGAAACGCAAAUAGCGGCAUUUGCGUUUCUCAAUAACUCCAGCAGAGAAUUUCCAAAAGCCAUUCUCGAGCUAGUUCUGAAAACCACCUAUUCCAGUUUCAUCAAAAAGUGCAGAAAGACCAAUGUCCACACAAUGCCUAUGAUCAAUUUCCAAAAGAACUCGGCCGUGGAGCUUUUUGGGAUUGACAAGACUCUCAGCUUCCAGGUCGGAUUUGAAUACAUUCGUCAGCUGGCUAUUCAUUUGAGAAACAGCGUCAACAACACCACCAAGGACAGCUACAAAGCAAUUUACAACUGGCAAUAUUGCCACUCGCUAGAUUUUUGGUCUAGAAUGAUUUCCGUUCACUGCCACCCAGAGACGGAAAAGGCCAACAAGAAAGAGAGUCCCCUGCGGCAGCUAAUCUAUCCUCUGGUCCAGGUCACUUUGGGAGCUAUUAGACUGCUACCAACAGCCCAGUUUUUCCCCCUACGCUUCUAUCUCAUUAGAUCCCUCAUUAGACUAUCCCAAAACACAGGUGUGUACAUCCCACUCUUUCCACUAGUUGUCGAAGUGCUCAACUCCUCGGCUGUCACCAAAAAACCAAAGCACGCUAAUCUCCAGGCCGUUUCGUUCGAUUACGUCAUCAAGGUUCCUAAGCAGUACCUCGGGAGCAGAGUAUACCAGGAGGGACUCAUUGAGCAGGUUGUUGAAUUGGCGGCCGAGUUCUUUGUUCUGCACUGCAAAAGCAUCGCUUUCCCAGAGCUGAUCACCCCGGCUGUGAUUUAUUUGAGACGCUACAUGAAGAAAUCCACCAACAUCAAGCUUGUGAAACAGCUGGGCACCCUGGUGGAGAAACUCAACGCAAACGCCAAGUACAUUGAGAAAGAGAGAUCCAGUGUUGAGUUUGGACCUAACAAUAGAGUUGAAGUUGGUAUGUUCUUACACGAAGUCGAUUGGCAAAAGACACCAUUGGGAGCAUACGUUGCAGUGCAGCGUGAGGUGAAAGAGACUCGUGAAAAGGCUCUGCGCGAAUCUCUUGAGAGCGAUGUUGACGGCGGAAGCGGUGGAAGCGACGUGAGCGACGCUGAAGAGGUCGAUGUAGACUCUGAAGAGGAAGAAUAA